CCACAUCCUGCCUUCCCAGCCGUCCACAAGUGUGCCUGUGGACAGGCCUCGUCUCGCUCCCACCUCACUAAUCGGGCGCACGUCAAUGUAACAUCGGCCACGAGCCAUCACUCUCGUCAAUUCGACGUCGGAAACGAGCCAGAAGUCUGGGCGCGCCCGCCAGAUGGCCAUCGACUACUAAUGCCACUCUUCCAAUACGUCAUCGUUCCUCACACGACGUCGCGUGCUGCCCACGGUCGCCAAUGUCUCUAAUCAUGUAUUUCCUGUGUUCCCGCUGUAGAUCAAAGUGCGGACGUCUGCCACGAUUCGGAUAUGGUAUCGCUCGGUGCUUUGCAUUAUCAGAAGUAGCCACACAACGUUAGGGAACAGAUGAGCCACUUUGAGCACGAACCAGGCCCUGGGAGAGGCCUGAACCUUGCGAUGUUUCGAAGCAGGCCACGACGCCCCUCGCGAACUCACGUCGACGCGUCUGAAUUCUCCGGGCGCCUAUCACUACACGUGGCAGGCGCGUUCCCUUUUCGGCGGUGGGCUCGUUGGCGCAGACGGUCGAGCUGCUCCUUUCUCUUCACCGUCCCUGCCGUGCCCUUCCACCAUGCUCAACGCCCUCCGAAGAUGUGCUCAAAGGCUCAUGUCGACGGCCGCCCAGCCGUACCCUUACUCUAACGCCGCCAUCAUCCCGCCGCCCCCCGCCGUCCCAGCCCCCGCGCCGACAAAGGCCGGCAAGGGGCUCAUGGCGCACCUCCCCCAACGCCUCUUGACUCCCGAAAAACUGCAGCUGCUCGCCCGCUUCGGGAAGCGACACCCCGAGCGCAUCCUCCCGGGCUCGGUGCUGCAGGUGACCACGAAGUACGCCCCGACGUCGUUCACCGGGGUGCUGCUCGCGAUACGCCGGCGCGGCGCGGACACGUCCUUCCUCCUGCGCAACGUCAUCAACCGCACGGGCGUGGAGGUGCAGUUCUUCGUGUGCUCGCCGCACGUGAAGGAGAUCAAGGUGCUCAUGCGCGCGGGCGGGAGGGGCUCCGAGGGCAGGGCGGGCCCCAGGAUGCGCAGGGCGAAGCUCUUCUAUCUGCGGGACGCGCCGGAUAAGAUGACGGCCAUCUCGGCGGGCAUGCGCAAGUAGCGCGGGUGCCAAGCGAAGAAGGAGAGGCGGCAGGAGAGGAAGGACGGACGAGGAAGCGGGGAGGAGGAGGAGGAAGGGAGGCCCGGCCAGGAACGUCGACGGGACAGGCGAGCGUCCUGCGCCCGCUGGAGAGGCUGGGGCCCUGGCGCGGCAUAGUCUCGGGUGGUGGGAGUGCGAGGGGCUUUCGAGAGAGCACGCAUGCGGCCGUGGCCGUGAUUGACCUUUGGAUUCAGAUACAGAUACAUCCGUGCAGUUGGGUUGGUCCACCGUUUCCGUACAUACAGACACGCAAUGCAUCCCAGUCAUGAAGCUCAUCGUCGGCGACCCGAAGCAGCAGAUCGGCAUCAACUAGGAGCGCACACAGAGUUCUAAAUGCUAAGCCGCUUCGAAGGUCUUUCGCGACGGCCGCGGCUGGCCUCUCAGUCCCCCGCUAGCUUAUGGUGUCUGUUUCGCCCCCGCGCCGUCUCUGCGGAUGCACACAGGCGAGUCCGGUGACCAGACGACGAUGUGCUGGCGUCACCGGCUGCGCUUUCGGGCAUUCAAGCUGCCUUCCGCGAUCGAUGGCUUCGUCCGGAAUACGUGGUUGCCAUCCUCGGAUGCCAGGCGUAUAUUCACAGGAGCCGCAUCCCUGGGUCCGCUACUCCGGAGCCGAACCUGCGUACGCGUGUGUGGAGC